AACUCAGGGUAGGGAGCCAAAAAGGAUGAAAUAAAUACCAGUUUGAUGAAAAUGACCAGAAGUCAUUUCUAUCAUUUGCGUUAAUGAGCCGUUCAAAAGAUUCUUCUCCUUAUUUAUUUUCCCUCCUUUUUUUUAGGAUCCUGGUUUUUGAGGAACGUUUUCUCUUUCUCGCACAUUGUGGGUCUGUCUGUCAUAUGCCUGUGUUAAUCCAGUCGCACUGAACCAUUUUAAAUGAUUCAGGGAUGGGGUCCAGCAGACGUUAACGUUUCCAAAGUAUAACAAAAAAUAUAUACAUAUUUAUAUAGAUACCAUGGCGUUGAAAAUAAAAAUAUUUGUGAUUAUAUAUUGGCUAAUGACAUGACUUUCCUGUUUUAUCAUUUCAUUGUCAUUACGGGCCUCUGUGGACCCCCCUCUCAGUCUGGGCACUAACUUUCCCUCCUAAAAGUCACCACAGUUUUAAGGAAGUUUCUAACCAAACCUAACUGAUCUUCUCUGUUUAUCAUCCAUCUCCAGCCGUGAGGUUUCAGUCUCUCAGCCAUGUCUUCCUCUGUUGCCCCGUUCAAAAAUCAACAUUAUGCUCACCUGAAAAGGGACUGCAUCAAGAACAAGAAGCUGUUUGAAGAUCCAGAGUUCCCCGCAAACGAUUCAUCUGUGUUCUAUAAAGAAAAACCUUGUGGUAUCGUGGAGUGGAAGCGACCAGGGGUGAGUGCCAGUAAGAAAAUAUGGUAUGGGAAAAUAGGGAACUGCUGGUUUGUUGCUGCGAGCUCAUGUCUUGCUCUGAAACCAAAACUCUGGGAAAAGGUGAUUCCCGAUUGGGAGGAGCAGGACUGGGAUCCCAAACAUCCAGAAAACUAUGCCGGGAUCUUCCACUUCCGGUUCUGGGUCUUUGGUCAGUGGACAGAUGUGGUAGUGGACGACCGGCUGCCUACUAUUAACAGACACCUGAUCUACUGUCAUUCAAACAGCAAACGUGAAUUCUGGAGUGCUCUGUUGGAGAAGGCUUAUGCCAAACUCUAUGGCUGCUAUGAGUCUUUAAGAGGGGGAUACCCUGGAGAUGCUGUGGUAGAUUUCAGUGGAGCUGUAUGUGAACGCAUCAACUUAAAGAAAGAGGCUUUCUACAAAGACCAAGAAAAACAAAACCAUCUAUUUGAGAAACUACUGGAAGUUUGUAAGCGUGAAGGAAUCAUCAGCUGCUGGACCACGGCAGACCCGCAUAAAACUGAGGCCAAGCUGACAAACGGUCUGGUGAGAGGGCAUGCAUACGCUGUGACAGCAGUGAAUAGAGUACGUUUAGGUGAGGGGCUGGGGACGUACUCCAAGACUGAAACUAUUCCUAUGAUCCGAAUGAGAAACCCCUGGGGACACAUAGAGUGGAAUGGACCCUGGAGUGACAGCUCUGAGGAAUGGUCCAAGAUUGGCUAUGCAGAGAGGAACAAAGUUGGACUCACAGUAGAGGAUGAUGGGGAGUUCUGGAUGUCCUUUGAAGACUGGUGCAGACACUUCUGUGAUGCAGAUGUUUGCCACAUUGUUGAUCCUUCGCUCACCAACUCCCGUCCAUGGAAUGAAACUUUGCAUUUUGGGAGCUGGACAAGACAUGAUGAUCCAGUCUUAAACCGCAGCGGUGGCUGCAAUAGCAUGACAAUACCGCAGAACCCACAGUAUCUGUUUGAUGUGACAAAGAAAACUGAUGAAGUAUUGAUCACCCUACAACAAAAAGACCAGAGGAUCCAUAAAAAAACUGGUCAUGGAGAAAAUAUGGCCAUUGGCUUUAAGGUUUAUGAGGUAACAUCCAUAUUUCUUUACUCUAUUAGCUUUCCUACUGUCAUAGUUGACCAGAUUCAACAUUGAUUUGUCUUUUCUAAAAUUCAUUUUCAAAAUGCAUGGCCAAAUUGCAAAUGUGAAAUGAACUAUGUUACCAAAAAAUGGUCAAUAGAAAAUUUGGUCAUUGGCGUUUUGGUUUUUAAGGUAACAAUACAAAUAUUAAUUAAUUUACUCAAUUUUAAAGAUGUAAUAUUGUGUUGUUU